GGCGAUGAAGACCUCCCCACUCCCGAUAAAACCUUUAGCGGAGCCGUGGAUCUCAUUAUUCAGUGUUACCAUUCGAAUGCCAAUGCUACGGUAGUGUGUGUUUGUCUCUCAUUUCUACCCUGUUUUCUUAUCCAGCAGAAAAUUUCCUUUCUUUUUUUCCUCCUUCUCGUGUUCUACCAGUCACACUCCUUUUUUACACUUCAAGCCUUGGGUAACGCUUGUCUUGGUCGAUACCGCGUCGAGAUCGACUCGAAGGAUUUUAUGUUUCAGCACUACGCUCUGUGACGCGCCUUUUCGAAAAGAUAUCCCCGGAGGACCCUUCGCCCGAGUCAGCCAGCCCACACACCCUUCGACUUCCGGACCUUCCCAUGCCGUCAUAGGUUACUCAUUGCUGCUAUUUGCUCAUUCUUAUCCCCUUUGAUAUAUAUGCGAGGAGGGGUACAGCAAAAUGACGACAAAAAUCUUUGCAAGUGCAAGAGGUCCAUUUGUUUCCCAUACAAAAUUUGCUUCACAUUCCACGCAUUGCGGCCAGAAGGAGCAAUAUACAUCCAGACCAAUCUAUAAGAGAGCGAGGACAACGCCUAACGAAUUAUUACGCGAAAUGCAAGGACUUCAGAUUAGGACGCCUGCAAAUGCUGGCAGCUACAAAAUCGAACAAUCAAAGAAUGGACCUGAAGACACAGAAAUGCUUACCCCUCCUUCUACACCUGCACAAGCGAAACUCGUCGACGAGCAGUUUCCUUCUCGUCGGUCACUGGACGCGUCUCAUGUCCCGGAGCUCAACUUCACUCCUGACUGGUCUCAAGCACAAUUACUAGGUGAAGGCGUCUGGAGCAAGGUCUAUCGUAUCUCAGUACCGGUGUCUCAAAGACAUGUUGGACGCCCUAUUACCCCGCCAUCGACACCUCACAAGUCUUCCUUUUCGUUACCUCAACACUAUGCAAUCAAGACAGCCACACGAGGAGACGCCACCGCAGUCUUCCAAGCCGAAGCACGUAUACUCACACAUAUACAAAACCAUGACUCGAGCUCGGAUUACAUGGUUCCUUUUCACGGCCUAUGUACUUCCACUCAAACGCCUUCCCUCCUCUUCCACUGCUGCGACGCCGGAACGCUAGAAUCCUUAACAGAAACUUCAUCCUCGCUCCCACUUUCAAAGGUUCUGGAUCUGUUUCUCCAUAUCCUGCCACAACUCACACGUGCCCUUGCUUUCCUUCAUAACAGGACAAACACAAUCCACGCCGAUAUCAAGCCCGCGAAUAUCCUCCUCGACACUUCAGCAUCAGGAUUACCAUUGGUCAGAUUCGCGGAUUUCAGCACAGCGUUUGUAGCUUCUUCAGAGCCAUCUUCACAUUCAGGAGGUGGAACAUGGUCAUUCAUGUCCCCUGAGCAAUUAUCCCGCGACCCCUCAACAUCCGCCCCAUCAUUCUCUUCGGACGUCUACGCUCUAGGAGUUACUCUGCUCUCCUUCCUCUGCGGUGGCAACCCUUUCACAUCUAUGCUCGAUAAUGGCUUUAGACUCCGCGAAGCCGUGAAGAUGGGAGAUUCAAUGAGUUGGGCCAUGCAAGAGCCAGAAUUCGAAAACAGAAUCGAAGCACUGCAGAAACUCUGGACUGAGAGAGGAGGAGAGGGAAAGAUCUUGAGCCUUGUGGCUUGUGCGUUGAGGAAGAAGAAGGAGGAUCGCUUUGAUGCAGAAGCCUGGUGUGGGAAAGUUGAUGCUGCUUUGGCGAAACUGAAGAAGGUGGACAUUGUGGGAUUGGGGAUAACAUGUUGAUGAAGAAGUGGGCUUCUUGUAACGAGGACGACUUUCACGAUUUUAUGGGCGUUUUUGGGGGGGACUUUUUUUUCAUUUUCUUCUUCACUUCUUUACAGGCAUGAUACCCUUGCUACAAUUUUUGUUUGGGAUUUACAGGUAUAAGACAAAAGGCAAUAUAGGUGAUGAUAUACUUGGGAUACAUGGGACGAACAGAACCAACGAACAUAUCGAGUUAAGAAAUACUGAGAUAUAUCUCCAAAAUCC